UCAUAUUUUUACACCCAGCUGUAGUCUAUUCGAUUAAUACCGUUUUCAUAAGUCUACGUAACUAUUUCGUUGUUAAGUAUCGCAAGUCAGCAUUUAGCGUCCCAACACAAAAUGUCUUCCCCGUGGGCUAAAAUUCAACCCGUCGCUACAGUGGAUCUACAAGAGAUCAUGUCAGAAGAAUUCGCCCGAGAGCUACAAGCGAAGCAAAGUACUUCGUCACAAGUGGCACCGGAACAGCCGCAAUCGUCUUCAUCGAUAUCGGAACCGGAACCAGGACCGUCGUCAUUUAAGAGUGUGCCGGUUCCGGCGAUGAAUACCGGCGAAGAACCGGUGGCCGGUUGUUCCCGUGCUAUCGAUCCAGGGAAACGGUUGGCCGACAUUCCCGACGAGGUGUUGUGGGCAAUCGAACAAGCGGACCAGAAAGAGAUCGAUUCCGAUGCAAUCAUAGCGCAAAUGUUGCAGGCACAGUUCGAUGCCGAGUACGAUGAACAAAUUAAGCGCGAGGAAAAUCACCGGAACAAGGACUCGAAGGUGAAGGUAUCGUACAAGAACUAUCGCGUGAUUCCGGAGGAACUUUUGUACGAGGAACCGGUGGAUAUAGCCGUGGAUCAAAAAGCAGACUGGGACAGGUUUGAGACGAACGAGAAGGAACAGAAGCUGCUGCCUCGUGUAGGCUAUCGCUUGAACGAGCAAGGAGAAAUGCUAACGAAACAUAAUCUGGACAUUAACGGUCGCAGCAACGCGUGCAAAGUAAUGUCUUUCCCACCGGAGUUUUCCACCGGCGAUGCAGCCGGUUUCGACAUGAAACUGUCCAACAAAGUAUUUAACCAGCUCAAGUCCCAUUCAAAGAAAGCGACGAAAAUGAAGCACAAGGCGCAGGACAGGAAGGAAAACAUUGCCACCGCCGAGAUGGGGUUGGAUGAACCGACGCGCUUGAUACUGUACAAGUGGAUCAACAAUCAGCUGCUAGAAUCGAUCGAUGGUGUGAUAUCGACCGGAAAGGAAGCCGUCAUACUACACGGCGAGACGGAUCCUUACAAUCCGAACCUCAUGGAGGAUGAACCGAUCCCACCGAAGGAGGUAGCCAUCAAGGUGUUCAGUACGACGCUGAAUGAGUUUAAGCAGCGCGAUCGCUACAUAAAGGAUGAUUUCCGAUUUGCUGGUCGAUUUUCGAAGCAAAACGCACGCACUGUUAUUAACAUGUGGGCAGAGAAGGAACUGCGAAACUUGAACCGCAUUCAACGGGUAGGGAUCCUUUGUCCGAAAAUUGUAGCGCUGAGGAAGAAUGUGCUGGUGAUGGAGUUUAUCGGGGAGAAUAUGAUACCGGCACCGAAGCUAAAGGAGGCCAUUCUUACGGAUCUGCAGCUGAACGAUGCGUACCAGGAGGUCGUGGAGAUCAUGCACAAGCUGUACAAGGAGGCUCACCUGGUGCAUGCGGAUUUGUCUGAGUAUAAUAUACUCAUGCACGACGGUCACUGCUGGAUUAUCGAUGUUGCACAAUCCGUCGAACCAGGCCAUCCCGGUGCGCUGGAAUUUUUAAUGAGGGAUUGCGAUAACAUUAGUACCUUCUUCACCAAACGUGGCGUUAACGAUGUGAAAAGCAAGGAAGAUCUUUUCUUCGAUAUAACCGGAUUGGAUCCGCUCUCGCACAAUGCAGCCAUUUUGGAGCGGAUACACAUGAAGGGAGAACCGGCCCACAUUGCCUCCAUGGUUGAUGACGACACGCCGGAAAAGUUUAAACCGAUGCGAUACCCGUUCGAAUUUGCCUGGUCUGUGGCGGCGGAUAAAGGAAAGCUUUCCAAACCAAACACUGGUGUGGUUUGCUCUUCGGAUGAAGAAGUAGCGAUGAAGGAGGAAGUCGCUGCCGUUGCUUAACAGCUUACUAGUAAAAUUAGCAUCCAAAAGCAAAACAUUUAUGUACAGCAGCAGUACAUAUGAAGCAUGUGCUCGAAGGAUCUGACGUACCAGCUUUUCAAAGUCAUGUGUCCAAAGAACUGGUUUCCUUCAUAUUUAAUAGUCCUUUUCGCAACUAAACAGAUUUGAGAACCUUUUAAAUUGUUUUAAGCUAUCAUUUCUGUUAGCCUUUGUAAAAGAUGUUCAUUUCCAAUCAAAACUAAAAUUGAUUAUUGUUUCAACUGAAUUUAUUUCCCUGCAAAUGCGUGUGCUCCUUCAAAUUUUCAUUAUAUGAAGUAAAACUUUAACCAUUCAACCAAACAGUUU